AUGGAACCUGAGAGAUGUGGAAAAUGUGAACAAUUUGGGCACUUAAGUGUGCAUUGUAAGAAGAAGGAAGAGACUAGAGUGUGGCAAAGGAAGGCUCCUGCAGGGGUGCAACCUCGUCAACUUAUUCACUGUUACAUAGAACCAAAGGUUGGUAAAGCUUUCUAUGGUACAUUUGUGUAUGCUUUUAAUGAUGCUGGCAGUAGGAAGGCAUUAUGGAGGGAUCUCGUGCAGAUUCAAAGUUUGAAUGAAGCAUGGGUUUGGAUGGGAGACUUCAAUAAUGUGCUGAAUAUGGAUGAGAGAGUAGGAGCUCCUGUGAGGGCUACUGAAAUUAUGGAUUUUAGGAGGUAUGUGGAACAAUGUAGUAUGGAGGAUAUGAAGGCUACUGGAUGCUUCUACACUUGGAAUAAUAAGCAAGAGGCAGAGGGCAGAGUCUACUCUAAACUAGAUAGAGUGAUGUCACUGGUGGCUGGGAGCUGGAGUAAUCCCAUUACAGGUACUCCUAUGUUCAAAGUGGUCCAUAGGCUGAAGAGACUGAAAGGGGUGCUGAAAAAAUUCAAUGCAGAAGGGUUUCAAGACUUGCAAGCUAAGGCAAUGAAGCAGGCUCAAAUACUGAAGCACUGCCAAGAACAGGUUCAUAGACAACCUGGGAACAUGAUGUUAAGAAGGCAGGAGUUAGAAGCUGCUAUUGAGUACAAAAAUGCUCAACAAAUAUAUAUGCAAUUUUUGCAACAGAAGGCAAAAGGUGAGUGGGUGGAUAAACCUCAGGAGGUUAAUGCAACAUUUCUAGAAUACUAUGAGAGUCUACUGGGCUCUAAAUUGGAGAAUAGGAAGUCUGUGAAGAGUAGGGUGGUUAAUUGUGGGCCUUUGGUGACUCAGGCUCAUUAUGAAUUUCUAUUAAGACCAGUGACUGGGGAGGAAGUAAAGCACGCAUUAUGGUCUAUUCAUGGUGAUAGGGCUCCUAGUCCUGAUGGGUUUGGUAGCCAGUUCUUUAAGACUGUUGGCAUAUAG